CUUAUAUACAUAUAUAGAAAUCGUAUAUAAAUCAUAUUAGCGCGUAGUGACAUUUUUUCCCAAUAUAGUUAAUAUAUAUGCUACAACUUGGUUAAUAGUCAAACCAAAACGCAUCACUACUCCCAUCCUGAAGAAGACUCACAAUCACAAGUCAUCUUACUAUCUUCACUAUAAAUGCUUUGAAACCCCUUAGCUUAAUAAGAAUCACAAAAACAAACAAAAUAAAAUCAUUUUACCUACAAUGGCUUCAAGAAAACCAUCGGUGAGGCACCCUAGCCACAACCAUCCAUUGCGCGGUCACAAAGCCCUAGCUGAAGAAGAGACCAUCUGCUCCGGCUGCGACCUAGACCUAAUAGGUGCAGCUUUCAAAUGCACAAAGUCAGAAUGUGAUUACUUCUUGCACAAGUCAUGUUUCGAUCUUCCACGUGAGACACGCCACAAGUCUCACCCUGAUCACCCUCUGACCCUGCUUUAUUCGCCACCGUACGAGUCCUCAACUUACGAGUGCAGCGCGUGCAGUGAGUAUGGAUCAGGGUUCGUUUACAACUGCUCUAUCUGCCAGUUUGAUUUACAUGUCGGGUGCAUAUCAAUGCCUGAGUCCGUGGAGCGUGAAGGACAUGAGCAUCCGCUCACGUUGCUUUACUGUUCUCCUUACACGAACGGUUUGAUCGUCAAGUGUGAUGUAUGUCAAGAGACGGUUCCGGAUCAUCUAUGGUCUUAUUACUGCAAGGAAUGUGACUACGGCACGCAUUUACAUUCUUGUGAAGUAGAAGAAGUGGUGGAGCCAAAGAGAGGAGGAGGAAAGGCGAGUACAAGUGGUAAUAAAGGAGGAGGAAGAGGCUCGGCGGCUUCGGAGUUAGCUGCAAUGCUUGAAGCUCAAAGGGAGAUGGAGAGGAUGCAGAUUGAGUUACAUAUGGAGAUGCAGAGAGCUAAAAUUGCUAAGAAAGCUAGAAAAGCAUGUCUCAAGUUGAUCUAAGAAUAUGAUAAAAGUUUGAAAACAAAUAUGUUUCUCUCGAGCUUUCUUGGAUUCUUGGAGCUCUGAAACUAUAUGAUUGUUGUUUUUCUUGUGUUUUGGUUCUUGUUUUUCAUUGAUUUGUUUUAUUUGCUAAUUUCAUGUUAUUUUCUUUUGAAUAAUUAUUAAUAAUCUGAAAUAAAAAGAUCUUUAACUAAAGCCGUUUGGUUUUA